AUGUCUGAUCCAGUUCCGUUCGUCAAUAGUGGGCGCUACUGGCUCGUUAGCCUUGUCAACAGCAUCUCGGUCUGGGCCGCGGUGGCCGUCUUGUCAUGGGCAGGCGAUUUCACCAUCACCGCCGCCGUCCUGGCCUUAAUACAGCGCAUCUUCAUUGCCCUCGUGAGCAACCUCGGCGGUGGCGUCCUCAUUGUCCGGGGCAUCUUCACCAACGAGACCAGCCCGGAGGUCAUCAACUAUAUUCUGAAUCAUCUCGGCGACUUGCUCUGCUUCCUCUAUGAUCUCAUCCGCCCCUCAGCCGUCAUCACUACCGGCAAUGCCGGCACCCCCCCUGAAAACGAGUACUGGGAGCUUGAUCUGACGAUAGAAGCCAACCAGCGGGCAGUUGGCGCCCAGAUACAGCGCGUGCUGCUUUCGAUCAGCGAGAUCAUCAGGCUGGGCAACCGCUGGCCGGCCCCGACUACAAUCGCUGACGUGACCAUGAACACCGAGCUCGAGAGUGAUUUGGUUAAUGAGGCCCCACGCCCGACCUACGUCGCCAGAUUUAACGGCAAAGCACCGUCGGAACUCAGCGGAGAAAAAUGGAUAUACAUCAACGGCAUCGGCAACGAGCGGGUAUGGUUCGAGAGCGGGUGUCGCAAGAUCAGCAACGCGUUCCGCCGGGAUGUCACGGGCGUGUAUAAUCGCAGCGACGGAAUUCUGUGGGACAUAAUCGAGUGCUUUGGCGAGCAUUCGGCCAUAUUCGACGCCAACGACAUGCAGAUAGACAAUAGGUUUAUCCAGGUCACGGGAUCGAGCCAGGCUGCGCAAGAGGCGCUCAGGGCGGAACUCGACAGGACCCUGUGGCCCCAAGACGGAUCCCCAGAACCCGAGAAGGUCGUCCUCAUAUGCCACUCGCAAGGCUGCCUGCUCACCCGUCUUACCUUGCAGGCUAUGGUGCAGGCGUACGACGGCGAAGCCAGGAAGAGAACGGACAUGAAGGAGAAGCUAUACGUGUUUUCGUUUGCGAACCCCAGCAUCGAUUGGCUCGUUGUGGACGGCCAAGAUGUCCAGUCCCUGGGCCAGUUUGCGGCCCUGACGGAGCAUUUCGCCCACGAGGCCGACUUUGUCGCGACACUUGGCGUCAUCUUGCACAUGAAUGGUGACGAGUCGGGCUUCUUCUUUCAAGACCCUCAAAAUCAAUUGAGGACAUCUACCGUGUUUACAAGCUUCAAUGGUGCCGGGCACCUGUUUGGCGCGCACUACUCGCUUGAUCCGAAUGACUAUCACAACGGCGAGGCGUCAGCACUCUUCAGGGCCCUCGGGGGCCACCCACUUGCCUAA